UUGCUAAUGGCGGGUAUUUGUACGAAAUGUGCUCACUUUAAGCUAUUGUGUGCUGACUGUAUACAUUAAUGUGAAAGUAGGAAUUUUAGAUUUACAGGCGCUGUGUGUUUCGAAGCAACUUCGAGGAUAAACAAAGCGAAGGACCUGAAUUAGAGGACUAUAACUGCUAUCAUCAUGUGGCUGCCGUCCAACUGACACAAACUGAACCUGAGCAGGAAAGGCAGCGUGUGUUUUAGUUGAGAAAUAGCUUCAGCAGCAAUGUUAGCUCACCUGUACGUCUGUCUCAGAGCCACAGCUCCAGAACUACUACACAAACAGCUAACUUAAUGGCACGAAGGAAGUUUAGCUAGUACAGAAAGUCAGCGUUCAUUCAUUCGACCGUUGGAUUCGCUCUCAGUAAAUCGUUACUAUCUCAUGAGCGGAAAUGAUUUCGUUCAAGUUAUCGGUGUUCGUGUUGCUGUUACUAAAAACUGUGAUUCACGUUAACAGUUCCUCGAAACUAAAUAUUCCCAAAGUGUUGCUACCACUUGCUAGAAGUACAAAAAUUAACUUCACAUUGGAAACUACUGAAGGUUGCUACAGAUGGUCUUCCACCAGACCAGAGGUAGCAAGCAUCCAGGCUGUGGAUGAAGACAGCAGCAAAGGCUGCUCACGAAGAGCUGUUCUCCAGGCUCUCUCCACCCAGCCCUCCCGACUGACCAGCAUCAUUCUGGCUGAAGAUGUUGUUACAGGACAGGUAUUGCGUUGCGACGCUAUUGUCGACAUCAUCAGUGAGAUCCAGAUAGUGUCGACGACCAGAGAGCUACAUCUUGAGGACUCACCACUGGCACUCAAAAUUCAUGCACUGGAUUCUGAAGGAAACACCUUCAGCACCCUUUCAGGUCUAGUGUUUGACUGGACCUUAGUGAAAGAUGUAGAUGUGAAUGGAUUCUCUGACUCCUACAAUUCAUUACGGGUACUCAAAUUCUCUGAGUCCACAUACACACCCCCUGGAUACAUAUCUGAAAUGGAGCGUGUUGGGAAACAGGGCGAUAUUAUUUUGGUGUCAGGACUGAAAACAGGACAUGCUAAGUUGAAGGCCAAAAUACAAGAGCCGUUAUAUAAGGAUGUGGGUGCAGCAGAGGUGAGACUGCUGAUUUUAGAGAACAUCAUGCUGAGUCCUGCACAUGAUGUCUAUUUGUUGGCGGGAACUUCCAUCCGAUACAGAGUCCUGAAGAUAAGACAGGGCACAAUCACAGAGCUCUCUAUGCCUUGUGAUCAGUAUGAACUGCACCUUCAGAACAGUGCGGUUGGUGCAAAUGGAAACCCAGAUGUUGCUGUGGCUGGUCUGGAUCAAAGUACUUCCACAGUUACAGCUAUGCAGCUGGGACACAUCAACGUGGUGCUGGAUCAUAAGAGCCUUCGAAUGCAAGGAGUGUCUCGCCUACCCAACAGCACUCUGUAUGUGGUUGAACCAGGCUACCUAGCUUUUAAAAUCCAUCCCGGAGAAAGCUGGGUUCUCGAAACAGGCAGAGUAUAUGAUAUCCUCAUCGAAGUAUUUGAUAAAUCUGGCAACAAAAUCUACCUCUCGGAUAAUGUCCGUAUUGGCACCGGUUUCCCUGCGGAGUACUUUGAACUCCAGGAGUCUUCUCUGAAUGGAUCAUAUCAUCGUGUCAAAGCGCUCAAAGAGGGCCUAGCUCUCAUCGAUGCUACCCUAAGUGCUGUUGUGGAUGAAACUGGAAGAGUCCACACACUCGCCAACCCAGUCCACAAUGAACAGGAUGUAGAAAUCUAUAACCCUAUAGUUCUUAGCCCCAGUAUCCUCACAUUUCCAUGGCAGCCCAAGGUUGGAGCUUAUCAGUACACAAUAAAGGCGACAGGAGGGAGCGGAAAUUUCAGCUGGUCUUCCUCCAAUACAGCUGUCGCCACAGUGACCGUGAAAGGAGUGAUGACAACAGUCAGUGACAUUGGCGUCAGCAUAGUUUAUGCUCAUGAUCUACGCAACCCACUGCACUUUGGGCAGAUGAAGGUGUUUGUUGUUGAGCCUGUGGCCAUGGACUUUGCUCCUUGCCCAGUAGAGGCCAGGGUGGGCCUGGUUCUGGAUCUGCCCCUCAGGAUUUUCGGCGUGCUGGAGGAGGUGGAGAAAGAGCGCGUCAUGUUGAGUGACUGCUCCCACUUUGACCUGCAGGUCGAGCAGGACAACCACGGCGUCUUCCAACUACUAGACGAGAGGCUGACUCCAGGCCAGGACCACUGCAGUGGGGUGAGAGCCAAGGCCCUGGCUUCUGGGUACACCAUGCUUACGGUCAGCUACUCCCAUGGCAACGUUCACCUCAGUGCCAAGAUCACCAUUGCUGCCUAUGUUCCUCUCAGAGCGAUUGACCCUGUAUCUGUGGCCGUGGUGACUCUCGGAUCAUCUAAAGACAUGCUGUUUGAGGGCGGCCCACGGCCUUGGGUUUUAGAGCCAUCAAAGUUCUUUUGCAACUUGAGAGCCGAGGACGAGGCCAGCGUGAGCCUUACUCUGACCAGUCCGUCAUCUCACAACUACAACCAGCACUGGGUCAGAGCAACCUGCAGGGCCCUGGGAGAGCAGGUGCUGGAGGUGACGGUGGGAAAUGAGGCCAGUGUGACCAAUCCUUAUCCUGCUGUGGAGCUGGCAGUGGUCAAAUUUGUGUGUGCCCCUCCGUCUCGGCUCACCCUGGUCCCAGUGUAUACCAGCCCACAGUUGGACCUGACCUGCCCGCUGCUGCAGCAGAACAAACAAGUGGUACCUGUUUCAAAUUACCGUAACCCCAUUUUGGACUUGGCUGCUUUUGAUGAACAAGGAAGGAAGUUUGACAACUUCAGCUCUCUGAGCAUGUUGUGGGAAUCGACCAAGGUGUCGGUGGCCAGUAUUGAACCUACAAUGCCCAUGGAGCUGCUGCUGUUCGCGGAUGGCAACAAACAGAUGAAACUUCACGGACGCCGGCCAGUUCUUGUCCAUCACCAGACAGGCAUUGCUGCCAUCACAGUGACCACUCUGGGUUACGAGGUUUCACAUCUGGCAGCAGCCAAAGUUCCCAGUCCAUAUGAGCCCUUGACCCCUGUCUCAGCCACUCUGGAGCUCCUGUUAGUUGAAGAUGUGAAGAUUUUUCCUGACACAGUGACCAUAUACAACCACCCAGAUGUGCGGGCGAACUUGGCCCUGCACGAAGGUUCAGGUUAUUUCUUUGUCAAUACCAGUGUUAAAGGGACUGUGAACGUGGUGUUCCAGGAGGCCCAAAGAACAGUUCAGGUUUCUUCCAUCCACCCAGGGAAGGUGAAGGUCAUGGUUCAUGACCUUUGUCUGGCAUUUCAAGCUCCUGCCAUGGCCACAGUACACGUUUCUGACAUCCUGGAGGUUUAUGUGCGAGUGGUUGACAAGGUGGAGAUUGGCAAAUCUGUGAGAGCUUAUGUCAGAGUCUUGGAUUCUAAUAAGAAGCCCUUCCCAGCCAUCAAUUUCCAUUUCAUGAAUCUUAAACUCAAGGCAGCUUCUGCAAUAAUCUCUCUAAAGCCAUUAGCGGAGUCCACAGAAAAUGAUACAGCUGUUUUCCUGGUGAAAGGUGUUUCAAUUGGUCAGACCACUCUGUCAGCGGUUGUUGUGGAUAAAGAUUCCAAAGAAAUUACAUCCGCACCUCAGCAAAUUGAGGUAUUUCCGCCGUUCAAGCUCAUCCCAAGGAAAAUGACUCUGUUAAUCGGAGCCAUGAUGCAGAUCACAUCAGAGGGUGGCCCUCAGCCUCAGUCCAAUAUCCUUUUCUCUAUCUCCAAUGAGAAAAUGGCCUCUGUCAAUGGCAUGGGCCAUGUCAGGGGUGUUACCAUCGGUAAUGUCACUGUGACUGGACUGGUCCAAGCUGUUGAUGCCGAGACUGGGAAGCUAGUUGUUGUGUCUCAGGAUCAAGUAGAAGUUGAGGUUGUGCAGUUGGUGGCCAUUCGGAUCAGAGCACCUAUCACAAGAAUCAAGACAGGAGCACAGAUGCCUGUAUAUGUAAUGGGUCUGACCAAUAGUCAAACACCAUUCUCCUUUGGCAGUGCUCUGCCUUACCUCACCUUCCACUGGUCCACCACCAAGAGAGACAUUUUGGAUGUCCAGCCAAGACACACUGAGGCUAAUGUGGAGCUCCAGUCAGAGCACAACUUUGGCAUGAGGGUGACUGGAAGAACAAGAGGGCGGACAGGGCUGAAGGUGGUGCUCAGAGUGUCUGACCCCAGUGCAGGGCAACUAGUGGGGAAUCUUCAGCAGCUCACAGAUGAAAUCCAGAUCCAGGUCUAUGACAAACUGCACAUGCUUAAUCCCGAAGUAGAGGCUGAGGAGUUACUGAUGGCUCCGAACUCAGCCCUCAAACUCCAAACUAACAGGGAUGGUGUGGGUGCAUUGUCUUACCGGAUGCUGGACUGCCCUGACCAGGUUGUUAUCGCUCAAGUGGAUGAUAAGGGCUUCCUCUUCUCUGGCUCUCUCACUGGAACCUCCUCUCUGCUGAUCACCUCACAAGAGACCUUUGGUGUCAAUCAGACUCUCAUCCUUGCAGUGAAGGUGGUGCCUGUGUCCUACGUGCGCUUCAGUACCAGUCCGGUGCUUCACACGAACACCAGAGAGAGCCUGAAAGCCCUCCCCCUGGGCAUAGUGCUCACCUUCACUGUCCACUUUCAUGCCAGCACUGGAGAGGCCCUACACAGCUCCAACUCCCACCUUACGUUUUCCACCAACAGAGACGACCUGGUACAGGUGGGGGUCGGGCCUGGUAACCACACUCUGACAGUGAGAACCGUCAAUGUAGGCCUCACUCUACUUGCCGUGUGGGACAGUGGAAACAUGGGUGUGGCAGACUACGUUCCAAUACCUGUCGAGCAUGCCAUCCACCCACAUGAGGCCCACAGACUGGUGGUGGGGGAUGUGGUCUGUUUCACCGCCCAGUUAACCAGUCCAGAGGGUGUUCAUGGUACUUGGAGCUCCUCGGCUGAUAGUGUACUUCAGGUGGACCCUAAAAGUGGUGCAGCAGUAGCCAGAGACUCUGGGACAGUUACUGUGUACUACGAGAUACCUGGUACUUUGAAAACAUACACAGAGGUAAUAGUAGAAGCAGCUUCAAGGACAGCAGCUAUGGCGCAGGCUACAGCUGUCAGGAACGGCAAAGAAACAAAGGUCUUACUCACCACCAGAGAGAAAGGAACCAACCUCAUUGGAACCUGUUCCCCUGCACAGGCUGAAGCUAUUUCUCAGCUGCAGCCAGAGACUUCUGUCAGCUGCCAUCUCAGCUUUACCAGUGAUGCUAUUGGCUUCUCUGCCAAUGAUGUCUUCAAAUCGUACACCAGUUUUGACUCCAGCAUUGGCUUCUACACAUGUUCCAUGACCUUGCAGCCAAUGACUGACCAGCAGACCCGUGUGCUCAGCAUGUCCAUGACCAACCUGCUGGUGAAGGCAGUCCUGGUGGGCAGUGCCUCCUCUGGGGAACAAGUCAGUGCUGUGCUGGCCAUAGAGCCAGGCCUUUACUCUGACCAGACUGAGCUGCUGCUCUCAAACCUGCACCCGUCAGCUGAGCUCACCAUCUACGGCCCGACUUCAGCCAUGUCCAACAUAGAGGUGGUGUCUACUUCUCCCAACAUUGCUGUCCAAGAGAAGGAGGUAAACCACGGCUUCCCAAGUUUCUCAAAGUACACCAUCAGCGCUGUGGACCCUCAGGCAGCGGUCUCCGCUUCUAUUUCCAUAAGCAGCACUUCCUGCGGCAGGACUCUCGUCAUCCCAGUCACUUUGAUUCACGUCGCUGAUCCCAGUGCUGCCAUGCAAGCUGCUGCUCCAGUUGUUAACAUGGAGGGGGGCCACUCCCUGCACAGCUUCAUAAACAGCUACCAGAUGAUGUUCUUCACCCUGUUCGCUCUGCUGGCCGGCACUGCCAUCAUCAUCAUCGUCCUCCACACUCUGUUCUCUCCAAGGGAACAAGCUUAUCAUCCUGCUUUCACCCCGAGGACACCACCACCCACUUCAGGUUUCGACUCCCCAGACCUGAAAUCAUUCAGCCACAGAAUACCGAGGACGGACCCGAACAGCAGCCCCAGGUCGCGUCUCUAUUCUCCAGACUACAGGUCCUGAUAAAGCUCCGUCCGGUCUCUAUUCUUCAAAAGAAGAACACCACAGGCCAUUAAUGCCCAUUGAAUGUGCCUCUGUCCCUCAGUAUGAAUGGCGUGGGAUGUGACUGCAUAAUCUCAGUUUCAUGCAGUUGUCUUUACAUGUCAGUCCAGAUGGUUGAAAGAAUAGUAGAUCAGUUAAGAUGCAAGCUGAUAACAGGGCUAUUUUCUUUGUGUGUACGUUUUGUGUGUGGAACAGUUUAUACUGUAUAUAUAAAUAUAUAUGUGUGUGUCCUUUUUGCGGUUUGCCAUGGAAAUUGUUUUUAUACGAACCCACUCUCUUAUUAACUGACAUCUUUCGAAGCGUGCUUGAAAAACCAGACCACUAGUUUGUGCUUAAAUACAGCAAGGUGACCUUUUGCGUUCGUUUGCCCUCGACUUGUGUGCUACUUAUAUUUGACGUGACAUUCAAUAACUCAGGUUGUACUUUAUUCUUGACAAAAAGCAAAAAUCAAGUUGAAAGACUUUGAUGAGCAGAAACUGUCCAGAAUGUUGUAGCUUAUACAUUGUGUGAAAAUGCUGUCCACUGAAACCGUCCUUCGGUGAGAAACCCUCCAUAUGUGCAUAAUCCUAACCAGGAAAAGGUUAGUUUUUUUUUUCUGUUUUUGAGCAUGUUUGGGAAAUGUAAUUUCCCUGUAACAGUAUUCAACCUUACUGAGUUUUUGAGCCAUAAUCCAUGCAGCUCUUUCUAAUUCACAAAUGUGAAACGGUUAAGCAAUGUGAACCAUCGUUCAGUUUUUAUCCCGGCGUUGCUUCAGUGCAAAAGCAAUCAAAUGUGACCUGUUUUCAUUUCUGAAAAUGUACUGUCUGAAUUUGUUUUCUGACCACAUUUCCGGGAAGACAUUACUGUAGCAGUGCUGAAUUUGCCAGGACAUAAAAGUGUGACUUUGUUUUAAGUGAGAUAUUUUUGUAUUUGAAAAAAAUAAAUGUCGACAAGGACUCUUAUUUAUGUUAGCUAGAGGAAUUCAGUUUAAUUGGAAGUGGAGCAUGUUUGAUGAUCGAUUGGCUUCAGUGCUGUUCUUGUGUUUAAGAUUCAUAGUCAUGCCUUAUAAUCAUAUCUGAACAGCUUUCGGCACAUACACAUAAUACAGACACGAGUUUGUUUGCUUGUAUGAAUACUCGCUUGCUUUUGCUAAUUAAAAAGUUUUUACUU